CCCGGUUCAUCUUCCCCUUCCUGGCAUUGGCAGCUGCUAACAGCUGCCGAGUUGCAUCUCGCGGGACGGUGCCGCUUUCCUCACGGCGGGCUAAGCGUCGCCAGCCCCCUGACGGGGCGUUGCUGAAGCCUUCCAGACCCAGGCCCGCACUGGUUUUGGCAGCCUUGGGCGCGCCGUGUGUCCCACUCUUCCCCUCUCUGUGUCCCGUGCACGCACCCGCACCCCCCGGUGUCCGCCCGCAUGCCUGUCCGCGUCAGUAAAUGGGGGAGGCAAAGAAGAGACGGAACUUUGUUGCUUGUGCCGGAUAGCAAGGUCCUUGAUGCCUCAACACUCAGCUUUGGUACUCGAGUCAGGUGGUUUGCAAUAUGCUUUGUUGCGGGCAUUGUAUGUUCUGUUCUUGGGACAGCAUUGCUAUGGCUCCCAAAGGGGAUCAAACUUUUUGCAGUGUUUUAUACCCUGGGAAAUAUUGCUGCAUUAGCCAGUACGUGUUUCCUGAUGGGGCCAGUGAAGCAACUGAAAGCAAUGUUUGAGCCAAAAAGAUUAAUCGCUACAAUUGUGAUGUUGCUCUGCCUACUAUUGACACUGUGUGCUGUGUUCUGGUGGAACAAAAAAGGUUUGGCAGUGUUAUUCUGCAUAUUGCAGUUCUUGGCAAUGACCUGGUAUAGUCUGUCAUAUAUUCCUUUUGCAAGGGAUGCUGUGAUUAAAUGCUUCACAACCUGUCUAGGGUAAAUUAAAAAGAAGAACCACUGUGCACUUUAAAAGCUGACUUUUAUUCCUCUGUGAAUUUUCCUCCACAAACCGUACUUUUCCAUGCAUUAAAAACCCAGUAACAAUUUAGUAUGACAUCCCCCAAAUGCAAAAGGCAAGGAAAUUAAUAUUUACUAGAAACAGUUUCAAAAAUAUAUUUGGUGAACUGUUUGCUUUAACUCUGGAACUUUCAGGCUGUUUUUAGCAGAAAAAUACAUUUAAGUGCUUUGUGCAAAGUAGUCUUGAGACUACACUGCAUCCAGUAACAGUUUAUUCCUCCCAUGCAGGCAGGACACUGAGAUCUGGAUAAUGUGUGUAAAGAUGUCAUUUACAGUUCUGUCUAAAAUUUACAGAGUGCCAUUUCUGUUUGUAUAUUAUUCAUUGUUUGCUUUUCCAAAGACAGAGUUUCAUAAAUGUUGUAAAGAUUUGGUAAAUUAUAAUCAACUGCUUCUUUGAAAUGCUUAUACGUGUGCCUUAUGGGAUAAAGCUUCCUGGAAGUACAUGAAAGAUCUGUUGAAAGCUUGUUGAAUGUUAUUAAAAAGCUGUAUUGUAAUUUUUUUACUUUCAUACUUCAAUACUUUUAGUAAAAACUUAUGGCUAAUGUAUAAAUUAAAUGUAUAAAAUAAAUUAGUUUUAAAGGCGCUUAAA